GCCACUCUACUUUGCCUCUGACCGACCCGAAUGGCUGACGGAAAUUACCGAGAGAUCGAUCUCGAGCGAGUAUGGAUGCCCACUCUCAUAAUAGCUAGCUAGGCUCAGCUCGAAGCUCUGCGAGCCCAUGGCCUAUGGCGGAGCAUCCGAAACCAUGCAUGCAUCGUGCAUGGUGUGUGAGUUAUGUGAGCUUUCGACUCGACUCUCUUGCAGCUAGCUUGGACUGAAGUUUGAACUCGUGGCCUGUGGGGUUCUGAAUGUUUAGUUAAUAUCCGCCUUACCAGUUGCGGUGCUUCCUUCCUGAUCAUUUUGAAUAAAUAAGCAUUUUUACCUUCCCCUGAUUCGCGGUUCUUAUUCAUUAUUGAGUGUGAAUGGUUCUCUUCCCCCCUCCCCUCCAUCAGUGAAGAACAGACCAACCUGUGUGACAAGGGAUAAUGUCAUGGCUUGCUCAGAAUGAGUGAAGAAAAUACUUCAGCCGGGUCUGCAUUAGUGGAAGCGAUUCCGCCCGACGGCCCAAUAGGGGGCGUCCCACUUGCCAAACCCAUUCAUAUCCAGCGUCUGGAACAAGCUGUCCGCUUGGACUCAUUUCUUGACUUUGUGGAUCGGUGCAUGGAAGAGCCCUUAGUAGAGGAAGAAGCAACAGUAAAGGACAGAGAUAUAGAAGAGGUUGGGAAAGAAUUUGUACCCGAGACUCAGUCAAAUCCUGUCAUUGACCAGGAUUAUCUAGCAGAUGUUAAAUGUGAUCAAGAUAUUGUUGACACUGAUACAUUAGCCAAAGCAGAGAGAAGAUCAGACAAGAGAAAGUUUUUCAAUUUUGGGAAGGUGAAGAAAAAUAGGAGGUGGCUGAAGGCCAUACUAUUAAGUGACUCUUCCGAUCUUGAGGAUGAGGAAGAGGAAGACAAGUCUCUCUCAAAAAAUGACCUUCGGGAAAUGCUAAGACUUCACAAAUUUGGGAGACAGUGUAAAAACCAGUUCUACAUAGAAAGCGAACUUCAACAAUACCAGUACUACAGUGCAGGACUUUUGUCAAACUACGACAAAUUCCUGGACCAUCAGAGGACAAUCCUUGGCCCCAAGAAAGCCAAGAAAACUUCCAGCAGUAGUAAAAUCAAAGAAAAACUCAAGCGAGAGAGAGAAAGGAAAGAAAGCGAGGAGCAGGGUGAGCCACAGAUGAUGCAGGAGUGUGUCUCAGACUAUGAUGGCUCAGUAGCUGUGUUUCAGGAUGCUAAUAGAAAGUUCACCUCAAUCAAGGACGUUGAUGCCAGAAGGAAGAGAAUAUGGCUGGCCAUUGCAAAGAGAGAUAUCCCCAAGGCCCACAAACAUCGUGCCUCUGUGCACAACAACAUACUGACAAACUGUCGGAAGAUGGCGCAGGGAUGCCAGAAGGAGCUACGUCGUGCAGCCAUCCAGUCUCAGAGGCUGUGCAAGGAAACUCCUUACAAGGCAAGACGUCUUACCCGAGAGAUGAUGGCAUUCUGGAAACACUAUGAGAAGGUGGAGAAAGAACAUCGCAGGAAGGCUGAGAAAGAAGCUCAGGAACAGAGGAGAAUCGAUGAUGAGUUUAGAGAGGCAAAGCGUCAGCAGCGCAAAUUGAACUUCUUGAUCACGCAGACCGAACUCUACGCACAUUUCAUGAGCCGUAAGCUGACUGGCCAGGGGGAGGAGGAGAGAAAUCGCAUACUCAAUAUGUUAGAUGAGAAGACGCCUCAACGACAGCGUACCGUCAAAGAGGGCCUUCUGGUGGAUAUAGAAACAGAUGAUUAUGAUACUGAGACAAUGAAACAACGUGCCUUAUUAAAUGUGACUAAUGCAUACAACUCAUUUGAGAACUCAAAGAAAGAUUUUGAUGGUGAUUCGACUUUGCCACAACAAGAGUCUGCUUUCAGCUUGUCGACUCCCUCUAUGGACACAGUGCAGAACCCUCAACCGUCCAUGUUCCGAGGGACAUUGAAGGGAUACCAGCUCAAAGGGAUGAACUGGUUGGUUAACCUGUAUGACUGUGGUAUCAAUGGGAUUCUAGCUGAUGAGAUGGGGCUGGGAAAGACUGUACAGAGCAUUGCCUUUUUAGCCCAUCUAGCUGAGAGCCAAGGUAUCUGGGGUCCAUUUCUUGUGGUUGCACCUGCAUCUACUCUCCACAACUGGACUCAAGAGUGCAGUAGAUUUGUGCCAAAGCUAAGGGUUUUGCCAUAUUGGGGAAACCCCCAGGACCGGAAGACUCUGCGUAAGUUCUGGGGCCAACGCCCACCAGUUCUCCACACAGAACAAGCCGAGUUCCACAUCCUGGUGACGAGCUAUCAGCUGGUUGUUCAGGAUAUCAGGUACUUCCAACGUAUCAAGUGGCAUUACAUGAUCCUUGAUGAAGCCCAAGCCAUCAAGAGCAGCUCUAGUGUUCGUUGGAGACUACUACUUGGGUUCAACUGUAGGAACAGGUUACUGCUCACAGGAACACCUAUCCAGAACAGUAUGGCUGAGUUAUGGGCCUUGCUUCAUUUCAUCAUGCCAACACUGUUUGAUAGCCAUGAAGAAUUCAAUGAUUGGUUCUCAAAGGACAUAGAGAGUCAUGUAGAAAAACAAUCUGGAUUUGAUGAAGAGCAACUAUCUCGAUUGCACAUGAUCCUGAAACCAUUCAUGUUGAGAAGAGUCAAGAAAGAUGUGGAGAAUGAACUCUCAGACAAGAUUGAGAUCUUGAUGUACUGUCAGCUGAGUACCCGUCAACGUCUAUUCUACCAAGCCAUUAAGAACAAGAUCUCCAUUGAAGACCUCUUCAAGUCCCAUUCCUCCUCCACCUCACAGACACAAACCAAUAAUCUCAUGAACCUUGUCAUGCAGUUUAGAAAGGUAUGCAAUCAUCCAGAGUUAUUUGAGAGAAGGGAUACUAUGUCUCCAUUCCAUACUCACCUUGAUGAAGUUACGUUACCAAGGCUACUGCUUCAAGAAGGCAUCGUUGAAAACCAACCGUUCAGAAACAAGGUCCUGUACUACAUGCUAUCGGUAUUCUCAGUGGAGAACAUCCAUUCCUCUCUGUUUGGUGAACUCUGCUCUGGUCACUCUAGAUCAGCUUUCUCAUUCUCCUGCUUUGUGGAGAUCACACCAGCUCAGCUCCAGUCCUUGAAGAGUGGGCUGAUGGCUAGUUGGCUCCUCCUUUUCCUAGUCAUGAAGGCUGCCUACAGGGUCUAUCUUGAUGGUACCUGGAAAGAGACAAUCAAAGGCAAUAGGAGACUUCUUCACUUGCAACCGCUCCGUGCCACCAGUCAAGCCAGCCGAUCCUGCAGCCCUGUCCUACAGGAUAUGUUGUUUACCACAUGGACCACCACCCUGUCCUCUCACAACACCCAUCUCUACCAUCACAUGGCAGAGACCGGCUGGCACAAGAGGGUACGCACCAGGAGCAGCCAGAACCCAGCCCCCUCAUCGCUGUCAUCGCCGCAAUCAUCGUCAUCCUCGACUGGGAUGAUUUCGCCUCUCAAGCACAAGAGCGCCUCGUUGACCCCUCCCAGUGGGGCCAAGUCACAAGGAUUCACCUUUGCAGGAUCGGCAGGAAAGAGUCCAUCAUCCAGCCAAGGAAGUGAUAGUCCAGCAUUCAAGCAGGUUGGCUCACUGCUUUCACCUCGUAUGAGACCUGUUACUGUUAGAAGAUGCCAAAGGACUGAGAUGCCUUCAUUUCUCUUCAAUACAAUACCAAAGGUUAAUGCCGCACCUCCAAACUUUUACUGCAAGGAUCGGCAUGUAGCCUGCCAACUCUCAAGACUACGGCAUGGUGAUAGCAUAGAAGCCAUGCAGUGUAUUAAGUAUGGUUCACCAGAGAUUUACCAGGAGAGGAGGUCUAAUCUACUCCGACCACCACCUGUAGGAGGUCUCUCAGCUCUCAAACCUCAUUACGGGUGGUCUAAAAUACAGAUACCAGAUAAAGACUAUUUGGUGACAGACUCUGGGAAGAUGCAGGUACUAGAUGACCUCUUAUCUCAGUUAAAAGAUCAAGGUCAUCGUGUCUUGAUCUACUCCCAGAUGACAAGGAUGAUUGACAUCUUGGAGGAAUUUUUAUGGCAUCGUAAACACACCUACAUGAGACUGGAUGGUUCAUCUAAGAUCUCAGAUCGCAGGGACAUGGUAGCUGGUUUUCAGACAAGAUCUGACAUCUUUGUGUUCUUGCUGAGUACCCGUGCCGGUGGUCUAGGCAUCAACCUGACUGCUGCAGACACAGUGAUCUUCUAUGACAGUGACUGGAACCCAACUGUAGACCAACAGGCCAUGGACCGGGCCCAUCGACUGGGCCAGACCAAGCAGGUCACGGUCUAUCGGCUCAUCUGCAAGGGAACCAUAGAAGAGCAUAUACUGGAGAGGGCCAGGGAGAAGAGUGAGAUCCAGAGGAUGGUUAUCACUGGUGGAAACUUCAAGUUAGAUCAACUCAAGCCUAAAGAAGUUGUAUCGCUUCUCCUAGAUGAUGAGGAUAUUGAAAUGAAGUUUCGGAUGAAGCAGUCAGAGAAGAAGAGCACGGAUGACAAAUCUCAAGGCAAAGAAAGAAAACGCAAGAGAGAUAAAGAUGGUGAAAGUGGGAAGGAAGUUGGAAAGAAGGUAAAAUCUGAGGUCAUAUCUGACACUGCUAACUUAUCUCUUGACGGAGAUGAUUCUAUCCUUAGUAUGGAUUCUUCUGCUCCCAGCCCUGUUAGUGUGGUAUCUGUUGGUAGCGAGAGCAACCACGCCCAUUCCUUAUCCUUAACCCCAGUUCCUCAGGAUGAAAACAGUAACGAUGGUCUUAUCAUCGUUGAUGAAUCCUCCCCAAGCCAGUCAAUAGAGGGUGAUGAAUACUCCCCUGCUGGUAAAUCUCGUGUUGGGGUAGGUCGAGGCACAAGGGCCAAGCAGACCCCAGGAGUAUCCAAGAAGAGUAGUCAGAGGAUCGGUAGAAGAGGGAAAGGAAUAGCUGCAGCAGCUAUGGCUGGAGCGAGAGCAGGGGCUGUAGCAGGAACUGCGGCUGCCUAUGCUGCAUAUGGCUUCAAUUUGGUUGGUAAACAAGAAUCCAGUAGUCCAGCAAGUGCCACUCCUUCCAGCAUAGCUACAUCAGAAGGACUCAAGUCUCCAUCAACAGAAUCAAUACCUGGGUCUUCAGUAUCUCCUGCAAAGAUGGCUCCCCAGAUACCUCAGAAACCAGCAUCUGAAGUGAUGACAGCCGGAAAACCUGAGCCAUUGCAAAGCAGAGAUGGUUCAAAGACAGAAGAAAGUAAAUCACCUAGAGAAUCUAGCAUAAGUGAUGGUUCAGUUGGAACAAAGAUCUGUCCCAGGAUAGAAAAAUCCCCUAUAUUGAAAUCAAACUCAGAUGGAACUCAGGUGAAGAACUCACCUCCUAAAGUUUCAAGUCCAGGAAAAGCAUCUCCCCUUGUUAGUCCAAUAAAAGGAGAAAUCAAUGUUAAUUCUACACUCAGGAAGGCACUUGUUUCUGGCAAAGAUGUGACCAUGGUGAAAGGUCAGAUGCCUAACAAAUCAAUCCUGUCAGUGGUAAGUAACCUGAAAGCUGCAGAUCAAGGGAAAACAUCUUACCAUAUCAGUAUAGCCAAGUCUGAUAAGCAUGGUCCUCCCAAAGAAUCUCAUCCAAAUCCUACAUUGCGUGUUCAACAGGCUACUGGACCAUUACCUACUACUGCUGUGCUCAAAGACACAAGACUCUUGGUGACAAGCAACCCUGAAAAAACAGCAAUUCAAGGAAAUGUUGUUCAGCAUAAAAACCCUGAUAACAGUGUGACUAUGAAAAUAGAAUCAGGAAAACAUCCUGGUACCUUGAACACACAGUCUUCGAAAUUGGAAACACAAGCACAGAUGUCUUCAGUGCUGCAGCAAUCAAAACUUAAAAUUAUGGGACAGUCGGGAGAACCACCAAAGUCUCCUAUUCAAUAUUCACCACGUCGUGCCAAGUCGCCUAUUAGCUCUUUUUACCGUAGUGAGUCACCUGUUAGCUCUGGUCGACGUAGCAAAUCUCCUGUCAGUGCUGCAUCUGGCAGCAAAUCUCCUGUUGUGUCUGUCCAGAGCAGCAAGUCUCCUGUAAGUGCCACCCAAACAAGCAAGUCCCCAGUUACCGGUCCCAAUCUUGGGAAAUCCUCUGUUAGUAAAACUCAAAGUAGUGACACUCCCAUUGCUGCUCCUCAGAGCAACGUUUCACCUAUUAGCCCUGUCCAUCGUAACAAGUCCCCCAUCUCUCCUACCAAUGCUUGCAGGUCUCCAGUUAGUGCAGCAUAUCGUAGCAAAUCUCCUGUAAGUGUUGUUAUAACAAACAAAUCUCCAGUUAGCUCAGCACAUCGUAGCAAAUCUCCUGUUAGUGUUACUGUAAUCAGCAAGUCUCCAGUUAGCUCUACGCUGAGCACCAAAUCUCCUGGAAGUGUUUCUCAGAGCAAGCCGACUGUAAGUUCUGCCCACGGUAGUAAAUCUCCUGUGAAUGCUACACAAGGCAGCAGGUCCAUUCUUGGCCUUAAUGCCAACUCCAAAUCCCCUUCUCACAAGAGUCCAGGUAGGCAGUCACCAGGCCAGGUUGCCCCACUAGACCUUAGAGCAAAGCCUGUUACGUCAAGUGGACCACCUACUACCAUACAGAACAGUAGCUGAUCCAAUAUAUCAAAUGCUCGAGGGAAUAUUGGGCAGUGUGCCUAAACCAACAGACCAUGUGGUGUUAUCUACCUCUGUCAUUCAGUUGUGAUUUAGGAGAUGCGAUUCAUUAGAUUUAUAUUAUAGUGAGAAGAUUGUAUACUCAUAAUGUAGGGAAAGCACCCUUUCACCCUUUACGCAUCCAUGCAAUUCCUUCCAGUCAUCCCUGAAUGUAUUCCAUGAAAUCUGUGGACUUUCAAUUUCCAUAUCAAGGCAUAGGCAGGGUUGUUGAAGUAAUUUCCUUUUGAUGUGGAGGUACUUGGAUGCAUAAUCAUGUCAUGACCAGGAGCAAGGUCUGAUUAAAGAUGAAUUAAACCUUGUCUAUGUUGCAUGUUCAUUGAAAAAAAAUACAUGAGUUUUAUUUUUAAAAUCCAAUUAUUUCUUUGUCCUAAGUUGAUGAAAUCCUUGAUGAGGUAAGCCAUUGAUAACUAGAUACAGAAAAGCUAUCUUUGGCAACAACAAAAAAAUGCAUGUCUUGACCUGAAGGUGAGAAGCUUUUAUUUGCAUCUGAAGUUUUGUCAUGUUGCAAUCAUUAAUAUUCAUAAC